AUGAAUUUUGAAUUAAGUAGCACGAAACAAAUUGGUAUUGGAUUGACAUUAUUUGGCGUCACAUUCUUCACACUAGGUAUUAUUCUCUUUUUGGAUGGAGCACUACUCGCUAUUGGAAAUCUAUUAUUUAUAAGCGGGUUAGUACUGGUAAUAGGAAUCCAACGUACAGUGGCAUUCUUUUUUCAAAGGCAUAAAGUCAAAGCAUCUUCAUUAUUUCUUGGUGGUAUUAUCGUUGUAUUAAUCGGUUGGCCGUUAUUGGGAAUCGUUGCUGAAAUUUGGGGCUUUUUUCUUUUUGGUUUUCUGCCCGUUGCUACAAAUUUUCUUCGACAGGUUCCUAUUGUUGGUAGUUUUUUAUGUUUACCAGGAAUAUCACAGAUUUUGGAUCGUUUAGCACCUGAAAGUCGAUAUCCAGUUUAG